GAGGAGGGGAGGGGAUGAGGCGGUGACCGAGGAGAGGGGGGCGGGGUCCGGUACGUGUCCGGUAAUCCGCCUUGCCCUCCCCCGGCUAUAAAGCAGCAGGUCCGGCUCCGGAGAGGCAGAGGAUAUCCAUCGUGCGGCCGAGCCGGGGGCGGAUGACGACAGCCUGACAGGAGGAGACGGCUCCAUGUGCAAGAGCCUGUGGGGUGGCCCUGCCUUGGGCACAUAGUGGGGGCAGAUGUACAGUAUUGCCGUAUUGCCCCUGUGUGGGGUAAGGGGCAGAAGAUGAUGGAGGAUUGGUGACUUAUGGGCUUUGGCGCUAGUCGCGCAACCACCAUCUUGGUCCGGAUGACAGCGGAUUCCGUCCUUCCCUGACCGGUGCUGCUAUGGAUGAAGAAUUGCGUAAUGUCACCCGCGUCCCCCAUGUGUCGCCAUGUUUCUGGGCGUGCGGGGCAUUAGAUGAUGUGAAUACGGCCAGCGAGAAAUGUACUUUGCGCUGUUUGUACGCUGUGAUGUCACGCUUCCCGGCGGAGAGAAAGCUGCUGAUGUAAUUCUGCUCCGUGUGGCGGAGCCGCCGCUGAAUCUCGCUAAAGCCGGUCUUAUCUGUGGCCAAAAGUAUCACGUAGUGUCUGGGACGGGUCGCUUCCUCCGGGGACACAUGGCGUUUCUGAGUGGCCCACGGCUGUUGGACUGGGCCAGCUCACCCCCACACCUCCAGUUUAAUAAGUUUGUUCUGACCGGGUACCGACCCGUGGCCGGCGGAGCAGAGUGUUUGCGGAGCCUCUUCUAUCUGCACAAUGAGCUGGGCAACAUCUACACACAUGGGAUCCCGCUCCUGGGCUUUCUGUUCUUGCUCCCUCUGCAAAUACCGUGGCGCCAGCUGUCUGUACCGUGGCUGGGGGUGGUGCAUUAUCUUGCCUGUGUCAGCCCACAGUUGGGCAGCGUCUUGUAUCAUCUCUUUAUGAACCACCAUGGUGGAGCACGGGUCUACCACAAGCUCCUCACCCUGGACAUGUGUGGCAUCUGUAUGGUGAACACGCUGGGGGCUCUUCCCAUCAUCUACUGUACACUGCUGUGCUAUUCCUCCACCCGAAGCCUGGCUCUGGUGGUGUACUCCGGCUUGUCCAGUUACGUGAUCUUCUGUGCGGUUGGUGCUCACAGCAACAUAAGUCGGCUCUGCUCAUUUGCUUGGCAAGCUGCCUUCCGCUUUUUCUUCUUCUACCUACGCUGGGCAGGACUAGGAUCUGGGCAUCCAUCCUCACUACGCUGCUACCUCCUAAUGGACAGUCUAGCCCUGCUCGGAGGCAUCAUCAAUGUUUCCCGUCUACCUGAACGGCUACGGCCUGGCAAGUUUGACUAUUGGUGCAACAGUCACCAGAUUAUGCACGUCUUGGUGGUGAUCAGCAUCCUGUAUUUACACUGGGGGGUAACCUCUGACCUCAUGUGGAUAAGCAGCUAUCCCUGCCUCUUGGAAUAGGGGAUUAGACCUCCUUGCUGUACACUCUAGGUUUAUGGCAGCUAGUCACAGGAAACACAUCAGCAGCUGCAGGAAAUGUGGAAGGUUCGAUGUAGCUAAGAGAGCAGAUGUAACCAGCGAUACCAAACCCAUUUCAUGAAGUAGAAAAUGUAUUUAUCUAGAUUAUAAAAGAGAAGCGUGCAAGCUAAUUUAUUAGGUUACACUCAUAAGAGUAUCUAAGACGAUGAGAUUUCUAGGUGCUGUGCAUGGAAGGUGGGCAAGCGCGUUUACACAUAUCAGUAUUAACCAGAUUCCAGCCCAAGGAGCUGGUGGUUACCGUAUGUAUCGCCCAAAGAAUUCUCUCCUGUGAGGAGUUCCAGCACCCCAAACAUGCACAGGUGAAUCUAUAGAAUGUAGUGAUGAAGUAUUCUAUGUACUUGCAUAAGGUUUACGUUUCAACAAGACUGAUAUUGGCCAGGAAAUGCUGCAGGCCUCUUACAUCACCGUCCGCUGGGAACAGAUCUCAGAUUCGAGAUUCAGCGUUUUGUGAACAUACAUGUCUUACUCAGCUACGUAACAUCCAUGUGCCCAUGUAUGAAUCAAUGUUUGCAGCUGGGGGAAAACAAAAAGCAGUGUGAAGUUACAUACGUCCAGUUUUCUGGCACUGGGCUGUUACAGCGUAGGCUUGAUAUGCUCCGAAUACGGGAUGACGCAUGACCCUUCGGAGCAGGUAAAGCAGAGGCCUAUAAGGUUCAGACAAGAAAACAUUAUCAGUAUUACUUGGGGAUAGAAACCCAGUCACGUUUCUGCCUCAGCCGGGAUAUCAGGAACAGUUCCGUGCCAGGAUGUCGGGUUUACAAAGUGAAAUAUCAAAGCUCUUGUAGCACCAAGCAUGUCCGUAAGAGACGACCACUGACACAGUCUCUCAAUAAGUAAAACUUCGGUCAGCAUCCGAUGAAAUCACCGAUUUAGCAGCAGGUUUGUCUGAGCUCAUUCUAGAACACAGGAAUGGAUGACUACUGGCCUUACGCCAUCAUGGCAAAACAAAAGUAUCUCUUUUUGGGUGGGUGGGAUAGUUGCCUUACUCCCCCUUACUGCACCAGCUCCUGUAAAACAAGGAGCAGCUCACUGAUCUCCUUGGGAUAACUGGAGCAUAUCUUGCAGGGCUUUGCACGAGGCCAGUAUUACUAAUGCAAUAAAUUUAUUUAUGAAAGGUGUAA